AUGGUGAUCCUCAAGCCAGCCUUGCAUUUGCAUACUGCUGAGAGACUGGUUACAAAAACGAAUGAGGAAGAGUUCAUUGCGCUGGGUUUCUCGUUUGUGUCUGCAGUCCGCACCACAGCUACAGCAGCCAGUAACCUUGUUGAGAUCUUUGUGGAUGGAAAGCCCCUCAUGGUUGAACCAGGAACUACAGUGCUUCAGGCCUGUGAGAAAGUCGGAGUUCAGAUUCCACGCUUCUGUUAUCACGACCGACUCUCAAUUGCUGGAAACUGUAGAAUGUGUCUGGUGGAGAUUGAGAAAGCACCCAAGCCCGUGGCAGCUUGUGCAAUGCCAGUCAUGAAAGGUUGGAAUAUCCUCACAAACUCUGAGAAAACCAAGAAAGCCAGAGAGGGAGUUAUGGAGUUCCUGUUGGCCAAUCAUCCCCUUGACUGCCCAAUUUGUGAUCAGGGUGGAGAAUGUGACCUGCAGGACCAGUCUAUGAUGUUUGGAAGUGACAGGAGCAGAUUCACAGAGGGGAAGAGAGCAGUUGAAGACAAGAACAUUGGUCCUCUCAUUAAAACCAUCAUGACUCGUUGCAUCCAGUGUACAAGAUGUAUUCGUUUUGCCAGUGAAAUAGCAGGAGUGGACGACCUGGGCACCACAGGGAGAGGGAACGAGAUGCAGGUGGGCACGUACGUGGAGAAGAUGUUCAUGUCCGAGUUGUCUGGGAACGUCAUUGACAUCUGCCCCGUGGGAGCGCUGACGUCGAAGCCCUACGCCUUCACUGCCCGCCCCUGGGAGACCAGGAAAACGGAGUCCAUAGACGUGUCGGAUGCAGUGGGCAGUAACAUCGUCGUCAGCACACGGGGAGGAGAGGUGAUGAGGGUCCUGCCGAGACUAAACGAAGAUAUUAACGAGGAGUGGAUCUCCGAUAAAACCCGAUUUGCCUAUGAUGGCCUGAAGCGCCAGCGGCUGACCCAGCCCAUGGUGAAGGAUUCCUCCGGGCAGCUGGUCCCCACUUCCUGGGAGGACACCCUCGUCCGUGUUGCUGAAGCGCUGCAGGGAGCCCAGGGGAAGGAUGUAGCAGCCAUCGCAGGGGGGCUGGUAGAUGCAGAGGCCCUGGUCGCCCUGAAGGAUUUGCUGAACAGGCUGAACAGUGAGACUCUGUGCACAGAAGAGGUGUUCCCCAUGGCUGGCGCCGGCACCGACCUGCGAUCCACCUACCUGCUGAACACCCGUAUCGCGGGGGUGGAGGAGGCCGACCUCUUGCUGCUGGUGGGCACCAAUCCCCGCUUUGAGGCCCCACUCUUCAACGCCCGAGUGAGGAAGAGCUGGCUUCAUAAUGAGCUCCAAGUUGCUGUUGUGGGCACCAGUGUGGACUUGAGGUACACCUAUGAUCACCUUGGGGAUUCUACUCAAGUGCUGCAGGAUAUAGCCUCAGGAAAGCACCCUUUCAGCAAGGUUCUGAGCCAAGCAAAGAAACCCAUGGUCGUGGUGGGCAGCGCCGCCCUGCAGAGGGGAGACGGGGCCGCCAUCCACGCUGCCGUCUCCGCUAUUGCUGAAAACGCCCGGGCCAGCAGCGGGGUCCAGGACAGCUGGAAGGUCCUGAACGUCCUCCACAGGGUUGCUAGUCAGGUGGCAGCCCUGGACCUUGGCUACAAGCCUGGAGUGGAGGUCAUCAGGAAGAACCCUCCCAAAGUGCUGUUCUUGUUGGGCGCCGAUGCCGGCUGCGUCACCAGGCAGGACUUGCCCCAAGACUGCUUCGUCAUCUACCAGGGCCAUCACGGGGAUGUGGGUGCCCCAAUGGCGGAUGUCAUCCUCCCGGGAGCUGCCUACACGGAGAAAUGCGGCACCUAUGUGAACACCGAAGGCCGAGCGCAGCAGACCAGAGCGGCAGUGACCCCACCCGGCGUGGCCAGGGAGGACUGGAAGAUCAUUCGGGCCAUUUCAGAGUUCACUGGUGUGACUCUGCCAUACGACACCCUGGAUGAAGUACGCGUCAGGCUCUCCGAGGUGUCUCCCAACCUGGUGCGCUAUGACGAUAUCGAGGGGGCCAACUACUUCAAGCAGGCUCACGAACUGUCCAAGGCAGUCAAUCAGACACUCCUCGCAGAUCCUCUGGCUCCACCCAUGCUAACAGUUAAGGACUUCUAUAUGACAGAUCCCAUCAGCAGAGCCUCGCAGACCAUGGCAAAGUGUGUCAAAGCUGUAACAGAGGGAGCACAGGCAGUUGAAGAGCCAUCCAUCUGCUAAAAGUCCAAUGUUUAGAGACUUGCACUUGUCUCUUGCACCAAUUUUAGGCCAUGCAGAACUUGUAGCUCAAAACUGAAGUUUGAUUUCACCAAUGCAUCGUGUGUGAACAACUGUGUGACAUUUCUUUAUAAGUUGUGGCAGUCUGCUGGUGGCACUGUAAAUUAAAGUUGAAGUUACAUAUUCAAGAUUGGGAGAAUGCUUAGUCCUUCACGUUUAACUGGUGUAAAGAAAUGUAAUAAAGAAUAAAUACUUCAGCCUAAA